AUGCCCCGCGCAAUCAUUUCUCCUUCAGUCCUGGCCUCAGACUUCGGUCAGCUCACUGCUGAAUGUAAGCGCAUGAUGGUCGGCGGCGCCGAGUGGCUUCAUAUGGAUGUUAUGGACGGUCACUUCGUGCCUAAUAUCACGAUGGGUGCGCCUAUUCUUUCGUGCGUGCACAAAGGAGUCCCAGGCAUCUUCAUGGACUGUCAUAUGAUGGUUUCUGAACCAGAAAAGUGGGUAGAUGACAUUGCGGAUGCGGGCGGCGCAAUGUACUGCUUCCACCACGAGGCCACAGACAAUCCUAUUGCCCUCAUUGAGAAGAUCCACAGUCGCAAUAUGAAAGCAGGCGUCGCUAUUUCACCGGACACGCCCUCCUCUGCAAUCACAGAUGAGGUUGCCGCCGUUGCUGACAUGCUGCUGGUUAUGACUGUGUAUCCAGGACGCGGUGGCCAGAAAUUUAUUGAGAGAUGCGUUCCUAAAGUAGCUGAGCUACGCGCACGUUUUCCGGACAAAGAUAUAGAAGUAGAUGGAGGCGUGGGUCCUAAAACCAUCGGCGUUUGCGCUGAUGCAGGCAGCAACGUAAUUGUCGCUGGAACGGCCAUUUUCGGAGCAGAGGAUCCAACGUCAGUGAUAAAGCAGCUCAAGGACACCGUCAAUACUGCUCAAGCAAAAUUUACUCAGUGA